AUCUGGUCUCAUACAUAUUUGUACUUUUGUGCCUGCGCCCCCUUCACCACCACACCACAACACCACAUCAAAAAAACCUCCAUCUCUCUUCUUCUUCCUCCUCCUCAGCUCCUCUGCAAAAUCUAGGGUUUUUCACUUUCUCUCUCCUUCCAUCUCGAUCGCCUUUGUCUUCAUCUCUUACCUUUUCCUCUUUCAAUUGAAGUAAUAAAUCGGGGUUUCAGUAGAUCUGUCCGCCAUUUCUUCGCAGCUCGAAGCUUCGCGCUUUUUUUCUCCCACUCUCUCCUCCCUGCUGACUCCUCGCCAUGUUUUGGAAGCUCACUGCCUUGUCUGCUUCGUCGCCUGUUGAUGCAAUAUUAGACAAAGACAACUUCACUUUGGAAGAGCUAUUGGAUGAAGAAGAAAUAAUCCAAGAAUGCAAAGCAUUGAACAGUCGCUUGAUUAACUUCUUACGGGACAGAGCUCAGGUGGAGCAGCUCCUGCGAUAUGCUGUAGAAGAACCCCCAGAAGAUGCUGACAGCAAACGCACCUUUAAGUUCCCAUUUGUGGCUUCAGAGGUUUUUACAUGUGAAAUUGAUGUCAUUUUGAGGACAUUAGUAGAAGAAGAGGAGAUGAUGGAUUUUCUUUUCUCAUUUUUGGAACCCAACCGACCUCAUAGUGCCUUGCUUGCUGGAUAUUUCAGCAAAGUUGUUGUGUGUCUCAUGUUGAGGAAGACGGUCCCACUUAUGAACUAUGUGCAAGCUCACCAGGAUGUUUUCCAGCAGCUGGUUGAUUUGAUUGGAAUUACUUCCAUUAUGGAGGUCUUAGUGCGACUCGUAGGUGCUGAUGAUCAUGUUUAUCCCAAUUACAUGGAUGUUAUGAGGUGGUUGGCUGAUAGUAAUUUACUGGAGAUGAUAGUUGAUAAAUUGAGUCCUUCUUGCCCGUCUGAGGUUCAGGCUAAUGCAGCAGAAACUCUGUGUGCUAUUACUCGGAAUAUGGGAUCGCCUCUUGCAGUGAAACUUUCCAGCCCCAGUUUUGUCGCAAGGAUCUUUGCUCAUGCUCUCGAAGACUCCUCUACCAAGUCUGGUCUAGUACAUUCCCUAUCUGUAUGUAUAUCUUUACUGGAUCCAAGAAGAUCGGCGUCUUCUUUGAUGUAUCAUUCUCUACGAGGUCAACACAUGUACGAGGCUACCAUUGCUGUAAAUCCCGAGACUGUGACCGCAAUGUUACCUAGACUUGGUGAUUUGCUAAUGCUUUUGAAUGUUACAUCUGAUGAGAAGAUUCUACCUACGCCAUAUGGUGAACUGAGACCACCUCUAGGAAAACAUCGGCUCAAGAUCGUUGAGUUCAUUGCUGUUCUGUUGAAAGCUGGCAACCAAGCUGCAGAGGAGGAAUUGGUGAACUCUGGAACGAUUAAAAGAGUCCUAGAUCUCUUUUUUGAGUACCCAUACAAUAAUGCAUUACAUCAUCAUGUGGAAAGCAUAAUAUCAUCCUGUCUGGAGAGCCGGAAUGAUACUGUUACUGAUCAUCUUUUCAGAGUUUGUGAUUUGAUCAGCAAGAUUCUUGAUGCCGAUAAGCAUCCUAUGCUUUCUAGUGAUCUUGAACUGCCAACAAUAUCUGCAGUUGAUAAGAGUCCUCCGAGGGCUGGUAAUGUGGGACAUAUAACUCGAAUUGCUAACAAAAUUGUUCAACUUGGACAAGGCAACAGAAGCAUCCAAACAUAUAUUCAGGAAAAUGGUGAAUGGAAUGAGUGGCAUGCUACAGUUUUGCAGGAAAGAAAUGUGUUAGAGAAUGUCUACCGCUGGGCUUGUGGGCGUCCAACUGCGUUGCACGACAGAACGAGGGAUAGUGAUGAUGAUGACCUACAUGAUAGAGAUUAUGAUGUUGCUGCUUUAGCAAAUAACCUUAGUCAGGCUUUUAGACCUGAUUUAUUUGGUAAUGAAGGUUCUGAAGAGGACAAUGGUGGUGUUGAUCAGGAUGAUGAGGAUGUGUACUUUGAUGAUGAAUCUGCUGAAGUUGUUAUAUCUUCAUUACGGCUUGGUGAUGACCAAGGAAGUUUGUUCACAAACUCAAAUUGGUUUACAUUCAAAGACGAAAGAACUGACAACACACCCGUGAGUACUUCCUUAUCUGAUGCAAUGGAUGAUAUCAAUUUGAAUGGAGAUGUAAAUGGUGGGAACAGCAGCAGUGAUGAUGAGGUGGUUGUUGGCGAGGAUGAAGAGUUGACUGAUGCUAAAGACUCCAGCAGUGGCGCAUCCAGUUCGGAGCAGAGUGAUAUGCAUGGAUUUAAAUCGGUUGAUAGUGAAGAGAGUAAGAUUGACAAAGACCCUUCCUUGGAGACAGCAGCCCUCGGAUUUGAUUCUUCUGACGCUAAGGAUCUUGGAGAAAGGCCUGCACAAGAUUGGGUGAAUUGGGGUGAAACAUCAGAUUUGCUGGUUGAUGGAUCAAGCACCAACCCAUUUGUUGAUCAGAAACGGCCUGUCAGUGAUAGCAAUGUGGAUGAGGUGGUGAUACCUAACACCAGAUCUGUAAAUGGGGAAAUUUCACUGCCGAAUGGCACCCCAAGAAUUGGUGAUGGCAGGGAAACAUCAGUGAAUGGUGAUAUCAGCCAAAAACCUUCUGCUCCGUCAUUGUUUGAAGAGGAUGUUGAGUUUGUUGGUGUUGAACCUGAGGGUACGGAGAAAGCAAUGGAGCAAGCGCUGAAGGAAGGAAUAGUUGGUGAAGCAGGGCCUUUAAAGAAAAAUGUUGUACCAUUAAAAGUACCGGAGGAGAAGCCAGAUGAAGGUGCACCAGGGACAGAGUUCAAUGAUGCAAAUUACUGGAGGGUUGACCAGGAAGUUGCUGUUCUUGAGUGAAGCUAAGCUUAUUCUAGUGCUGCUGAUCCCCCUUUCUGAAAUGGCGAAUGCAUUUAAGUCAAACUUAUGUACAGUAUGUCUUUGACUUUUCUCUGUGGAGGAUCAUAUGAAAAUUUAUCCACUGCUUAAUUUUGUUCUUUUCUCAUUGCAUAUGUUCUGUCCAUUAUUCUAGCUGUGUUGAUGUUUUGGCA